AUGAAUAACCAACUACACAAUCAAAACUGUCAAUUCUGUAAAUUCAGAUAAAGCAAGUUUAUAUAGAAGGAGAUACAUGAGAAGCCUAGAUACUUUGAGUAGUUCAACUUCUAUUUUGCUAAGCCAAUAACAGAAAUAUUAGCAAAUGUUCCUGUGGAUCAUGUCAUUUUGUUUAAAGACUAAUUAUACUUGCAUGAUGAAAACGAAUAUAUGAAGCGUUUUUAUUAAAGAGAUGAGUAAGAUCCGAGAUUAAAUUUACUUAGCAAUUUCUACUUUGAGUAACAUAAAAUGAUAUAACCAAAUCUAUGUAAAGUUAAUGCUCAUAAGUUUAUGGAGAAGAGAUAGAAUAAAUUGCUAAAAUUACAAUAAAAAGCAUAAAAUAGUUAGAAUCAACAACCAAUUACUAAGAAGAUGAUUCCAGAUCAUAUUUUUAGUGAAAACUACGUGGAAUCCGUAUCUGAUUCCUAUCCGAAGGAACAAAUUUCUUGGGACAGCAAAUCUCAUAAUAUCUAUGAGGUAUCAUAAGUUGAAGCUUAGAAAUCAAUACCCAUCAACAAACCAACAGAAUAAUGCUAAUGUUCAAUUAUUAACACAUCUGGAGAUCAUAACAAAUUGUUCAAUUGUCAAAAUGACCAAGAACUUGAUAAUAUCUUCAAUGAUGUGAAUGUGUAAACAUCAAGGAAUUUGUCAGCAAUCACUAAGAUCCCACUCAAAAAGAAGAUGCCAACCGCAACUACUACAAAUGCCAAGAAGAAUCCUACUCCUUAAUAAUCUCAAUAGCCUAAGGUACUUAUCCCACCUUUGAAAUUAUAAGAGAGUGCCAAAUCAUCAACAACUACAGCAGCCAACAAUAAUAAUAAAUCCACUAGUAUUCAAUCUUUAAUGAAGAAAUAUGAUCAAAUAUUGUAAAAACGCUUCUAAGUGAAAGAAAUCCUCACAGAACGUAAUGACAUUCGCCAUGUUGAAGGAUAUGGUUCAAGUUAUGGCAACGGUACUGUUAGAGCAGAAGGCGGAUCUUCUAGAAAGCAAAUUACAGAUGAAAUGCUGCUUAAACUUAUUUAGAAUAUGAAGAAAUCUAAAAAUAAAUCUGACAACUAUUAGUUUCAUGCAUCUUACAAAAGCCUACUCCAAUAGGCAUAAAGUGGACCUACUUAAUCGUGUACAUUUGAAAAGGAAAAUGAGAAGAAGAAAAAAUAUCAAGUUUAUUUGCCUAAACAAAUCAAAAAGAAUCCUUCUCAGAUGUCUUCACCAACAACUGUAUAAAAUACUUGUUCUCCUUCUAUGUUACUAAGAUCACUUUCAAAUCCAUCGAUGGCUCCUUCACCAUUGCGUAGAUUGGAAAUAAAAGUCAAUCUCAAUAAAUUAAUUCAAUAGCAAGAAUAAGAAAUUGGGUAUUGGACUUAAAGAUGCAAAGUUCGUUGA